GAACAGUAGCUGUGGGUCGUGUAGUGACAAGUGACAACAGUAACGCAAGGAAGGAACUGUGUUGCGCAUUUUGGGAGCGCGUUAGUGGUGUCAUCGACGGCAACUGGACGAAACACCCGUCGCAUUGCGGUGACGCCGCGGGUUAGUCCGGCUCCGGCGGUUUCGGUAGUUCUGGGACUGAGUGGAAACGAGUGUGAGUAGCGAGCUGGCUGACUGUACGGAGUUUGGAGAAGCGCGAAUUCAGGCAAUCAGGAAUCUUUGUGAGACGGGAGGUCCAGGAUGAUGUCACUGUGAUACCUGGAGUUCUGUCAGCCUCAGAAUGGCCACGGCAAAGAAGAAGUCAACCUCAAAGGCAGGGGGGGUCCGCUUCUCUGAGGACGCCGGUGCCCACUCCCAUGUCCAUUUUGAUGAGAAGCUGCAUGACUCUGUCGUCAUGGUGAUCCCUGAGGUGGACGGCAACUUCCUAGUGAAGGUGGGCUUCCUGAAGAUCCAGCACAAGUACGAGAUUGUGUUCACGCUCCCGGAAGUACCGGCCUUGGGGAGGGAUGUUUGCCCGGCGCCAGUGCCAAACCCCCACCUCAGUGUUACGGACAUCAGGCACGCGGCAGAGGGUGGUCUGCAGGUGACGUGUGAGUACAUGGCCCACCAGGAGGGGGUUCUGCAGGAAGACGUCAUUCUGGUGAGCGAGAGCAAGGAAGACGCCUCUGUGCGGGUCAGGCUGCAGGCCCGUGUUAUGGACCGCCAUCACGGGACGCCCAUGCUGCUGGAGGGGGUACGGUGCGUGGGGGUGGAGCUAGAGUACGACUCAGAGCAGAGUGACUGGCAGGGUUUCGACUAGCCUUUCAUCCCUCAUCUCUACCAUGGAUACACAGGUUGAAAACUGCUGAUCUUGCAGCAGACAGACAAAACAGUAAAAUUGAUGUGGCUGUACACGCAAUGUAUGCCUGUAGAAAUGGACUGUUAAUACACACACACACACACACACGCUCUUGCUGCCACAGAUCUACCCUACAUAUGCAUGCAAAAAGUGGAAGCUAUCUUUUUUCCGUGUUACAUGUAUAUUGACUCUGAAGAAUGCCACUGUGAAUCCAGUCAGAACAAGGAAAGGCAGGAGGCUGAAGGAUCUUCUCUUGUUUCGCAGGAAUAUUUCUGCAUCAUAAAUACAGAAUAACAUUGUCUUCAUUUACAUAUGUUUUCUUUUUAUGACCCGACAUUGUCGACUACCUGUUUUUUUGAAAUAUGGCCACAAGGGGUCGCCCAAGAGAAUAUGCGGUGUUAGUCUGGUACUGCCGUUGUGUGAUUUUAAUUUUAUUUUUUUCCUGCUUUGCCUUGUUUCCCUGUGCUGAUUUAGUAAAUAUCAUUCUGCAUCCGAAUCAGAAGGAGAGUGAUGAACUGACAGUGUCUCCCAGUGUUCCCCAUGAUACCAUUACUAGUCUUUGAACUGCUUCAACACGGUCAAGGAAA